CAUAUGCCCGUUUCUCCAACUCACUGCCGUGUUCGACCAAUCUCUCUCUCUGUCUCUCUGUCUGAAAGAGCUUAAUUAAAUAGCAAUCAGAAGCUUAAUUAAAGAUGGGAAUGGUGGUUGUAAUCUCUUUGCCUUUGAUAAUAUUCUCUCUAAUGCUGGGUUUCGGGUGCUAUUUUCUGGGAAGAGCAAGAGGAAGACAAGAUGUCCGUACGAAUGCUCAAGUAUACGGAGUACCCACUCCACCUCCGGGCACCGACGUUAAUCCUCAACUCUCGCCUUUCUCUCCUCCUCAUUCCAAACAAGACAAUUUGGCCAAUGUUUAAUCAACUUAAUUUUGUAUUUUGAUUAUUUUAUAUUUUUCUUAAACAUGUCAAUUUAAGUUUCUAAUUGUGGACUGCUCUCUUGCUGUAUAUUGGUUUGUCAUAUGAAUUAAAAGGUAUAUGGAAAUUUCAAAUUUUAUUUUGCUA